AAUAAUAUAUAUAUACUUAAAUAUUACUUAUAUAUACAAAGAAGUAAUUUUCAUAUUUAUAUUAUAAUUUUCAUUUUAUGUUUACCUUUCUUUUAUGAAAAUUUAUAUUAUAUUUUAACUAACUUGAUAAUAAUGAUAAUAACAUGCUAUUACAAAUAAGAUACUGCCAUCUAUAGUUAAUACAUAAUACGACACACACACACACACACACGCACGCACGCGCGCGCGCGCGCACACACACACACACACACACACACAAGAACAUUGAGAAAAUGAAAUCUUUUAUUAUUUUUAUUAAAUAUAAAAUUUAAAAUAAAACACAAAUAUUUUUUAUUUUCUAAUAUUUUCGUAUAUUAAAAUAUAAUAAAUUUAUAUAAUAAAUAUAAUAAAUUUUUCCAAAAUCAUUUUUAAAUCAUGUAUAAUUUUAUUUGUAAAAAAUAUAGUAAAAAAAUAGUAAAAAUGUCAGUUAAUGUAUUAUUAAUAUAAUUUUCGAAACAAAAGCAUUAAAAAAAAAUUAACAUAAUUAUAAUAUAUCUUUUAAUACCAAAAUUCAGAUAUUCAACCCUGACCAACUUUUGUAUCUCUUGGAUCUGCUGUUACUAUAUCCUUUCUCCAUUCUCAAAUCAUUUUUCGUUAUAAUGUAGUACGUAGUUAUAAAAACAGCAAAAAAAUUUUUAUAAACUGUAUUGCGUUAAAAAAUAAAAUAAGAAUUUAAUAAAUAAGAAAUAUCGCAUAAAUAAUUUUUUAAAAAAUUGAUCGAUACAUCGAAAUCGAAUAAAACAAGAUUUUUAUAAAAGAAAAUAUUUUUAAAAUGUUUUUUUUGUUUAUAUUGUAUAUAAUAUUUCAAUUGAUAUUUUUAGUGAAUAUAUGAUUUGAAUAUGUUCUUUAGUGAUUUUUUAAUGUUACGAUUGUUUUUACUAGUAGGUUUUAUCGAUAUAUUUGACUCAUAGUUCACUUGUAUCUAUUAGCUUUUAAUGCAUGAAUAACCUUUAUAGGUUAUGUAUAACCUUUUUAGAAAUAUAUUCAUAUUCUAAUUAUUUUUUUCAAGUUUCAAUAGUUAUGAUAAUUAAUAUAAAUCAUAAUAAAAAUGAUAUUUAAUAUUGUAUGAUAAUUUUGAUAUAUUUUUUCAAUUUUAAAAUAUUAAAAAAUAUCAAUAUAUUCAACAUAUUUAAUAAUAAGAAAAAAUAUUCUAAAAAAAUAUCUUAAAUAAUAUCAUUGUAUAUGUUAUUAUACAAAUGUCGAAUAUAAAAUUUUUCUUAUUUCAAUUAUGUAAUCAUAAUAUGUAUCAUAAUUUAGGAUCACGACAAUUUAAAAAAACGAUUUUAUAUAGGAAUAUUGGAUCUAAGGUGAAUCCAAAAGUUUUAUCUCUUCGAAAUAAAUUAUUAUAUUGCGAUUAUUUAGAUUAUGAAAAAAUGGGAUAUGUAAAACAUAAAAAAAUAGAAAAACAAAGAAUAGAACAAGAAAAAAUUAUGAGAUUCGAAAUGAAUGAGAAAAAAACAUAUAGUGUUAUGCUAAAUGAAUGGAUAAAGGAUAAAAAAGAGACAGAUAUUCUUGAAGAAAAAAAAGAUGAAGAAAAGAUUGAUAAAUGUGAAAAUGAAACUGUGAAAAAACAGAAACCUAUAUAUAUGCCAUAUGCGGCAGUAGACUCAUAUGAAAUAAUUGAUACAAAAAUACUAGAUGACAUUAAUACAGAAAAAGAAAAUAUAAAUUUACCAAAUGAAAAGUACGAAGAAUUAUAUGAAAAAUAUUUGCAAAUAAAGCAGAAUACUUUGAAUAAUGGUAAAAAUAUUCCUAUAUUUGAAGAUGUAGAAAAAAAUAAUAAGAUACCAAAAGGAGAAUUGUGGAAAAUUCCAUCUACUUGGAUGACUGAUUAUGAACAGUUUGAUGAUACUUUACUUAACGAACAUUAUAAUUGUUAUGGUACAUCAGAUCCUGAUUCAGAAGUCAGUUCUAUACCAUGUGGUGGCUGUGGUGCUUUACUACAUUGCAAAGAUCCAGAAAUUCCUGGAUAUUUACCAUUAGAAUUAUUUUCAAAGAAUGAUGAAGAUUUGAAAUCAACAAUAUGUCAAAGAUGUCAUUUUUUGAAGUUUUACAAUUCAGCUUUGGAAGUAAAAGUAUCAAUUGAAGAUUAUCCUAACUUACUAAAAAUAAUUAAAACUAAAAGAUGUGCCAUUAUUCUUAUAGUCGAUCUGACUGAUUUUCCUUGCAGCAUUUGGCCUGAUUUAAAAACUAUCAUGCAUCCUUUUACUCCUAUUUUUCUUGUUGGAAAUAAAGUUGAUUUAUUGCCUAGAGAUUCUCCAAAGUUUCUUGAGAACAUUAAGCAACUCUUAGCAAAUACAGUAGUCCAUGUAACUGGUGUGAAAAAAGAAAACAUUACACAUGUCGAACUCAUAUCUGCGAAAACUGGAUAUGGUAUAGAACAGUUAAUAAAUAAAUUGCACUACAAAUGGAAACAUAAAGGAGAUGUAUAUUUAGUUGGCUGUACAAAUGUUGGAAAGUCUUCUUUGUUCAAUACGUUAUUAAAUUCCGAUUAUUGUAAAGUAAAAGCCAUCGAUCUUGUACAAUGUGCUACAGUAUCUACUUGGCCAGGAACUACAUUAAAUUUACUCAAAUUUCCAAUUUUAAAUCCGAAUAUGAAAAAAUAUAUAUUAAGAAUACAAAGGCUUAUAAAUGAAAAAUUUUAUAGGAUACAAGAAUCAAAGUAUAGGGAUUACAAAUUUAAAGAAACAGGAAAUAUGAUGUUUGCAACAUUAGAAGGACAUGUUGGUAAAUCGUUUACCAAAAACUCGAGAAAAGAUGACAAUAUGGAUCCUUUUUUAGAAAAAUCGCAUAAAGUUAUGACGAAAAAGAUUUUUUUAAAUGAAUCCGAACAAAAAUACGAACAUAGUCGUUGGUGUUAUGAUACUCCGGGUACUAUUCAGAAAGACCAAAUACUGGAUUUAUUAACUACUGAUGAAUUAUUAUUAACAUUACCGCAGGAAAUUAUUACACCAAGAACAUUCAUGUUUAGACCAAAACAAACUAUAUUUGUAGCUGGUAUGGGAAGAUUAGAUUAUCUUGAAGGAGAAUAUUUUAUACGAUGCACUUUGUUUGCAAGUAAGAAAUUACCUAUAACAAUAUGUUAUACUUUUGAUGCAGAAGAGAUAUAUAAUCAAUUGUUAGAAACUGAAGCUUUCGUCGUACCUACAAACGAUCAAAACCGAUUAAAAAUAUGGCCGAAAUUGCAAUCAAAGGAGAUAAAAGUAACUGGCGUGAAAAAUGAAUCUGCUGGAGAUAUUGUAUUGUCAAGUAUAGGUUGGAUCGCAAUUACACCAUUUGAAAACAACAGCGUCUCAUUAAGAGCAUGGACACCAGAAGGUCGUGGAAUAUAUUUUAGAUCUCCAGCAUUGCUAAGCAAAUCAGUGCAUCUUCGCGGUCCGAGAAUUCAAGGUACUCCAUUAUAUUCAUUAGGACAAAAAGUAUUUAUUAAAUAUUAAAUUAAGUUUCGAACUUUAUCCUGAUAUUAAUCAAAUUAUUAAUAUUGUUUUAUACUUGAUCGAUUUAAAAUCGCAUUUAUCUUUCGUCUAUCGAAUAAUUGAAAGAAAAGUAUAUGUUCUUAUGAUAUAAAAUUUUUCAAAUUUCAAAAUCCGAAUAAUUGUUACUGCAUACAAUAAAAUGUUGUUAUUUUCGUGUA